UUUCUGUCUUUUCUAAGUUUCUGGUAAAUGUGUCAUCAUACUUUCAUAAUUUAAAAAUAUAUGCAAAUUUUACUUUCAAACAUCAGUAUGGUACUCAUUCUAAGAUUGUUAUUCUAACUUAUAAAUUUUUCUGAUAAUGAGAAAUGUGGUUUCUUAAUUUCACCUAACUUCAUGAAGAUUUUAGCAAUGAUAUGGUCUUCCUGAUAGUUAAAAAUGAAGGAAAAAAUAGGGUCCUGUGGUUUAGAAAUCAUUUUUUGAAAUCCGAAAAUAAUUGUUCUUAGACAUUUUCUUAAUAGCUGCUCUAAGUGGAAAACAGAGGGAAUGAGGGAGGGGUUCAUCAAAAUGGUUUUAAGAAUGACAGUUUUGACCUGUUUCCUUCCUAGUUUCAUGACUGUUAGUAAGCAAAUUAUACUUACCUUCUCUAGGUACCCACUCUCUUCCUUUGGAAGAUGAUAAUGAUGGGUAUCUACUUCAUAUGGGUUUAGUAUUUUUACUGAGAAAAAAUGUAAAGCAUAUAGCAUAAUGUUUGGCACAUAGAAUAUGCUCUAAAUGUUGGUUAUCUGUUUUCAUCUUAAAUUUCCUGAUUGAAUUCUGAAAUAAUGUAUAAAUUAAUUCUAAAUCACUUUUAAGAAAGUUGCUGACCCUGUAAGAAAUAUUUUUAAAAUUGGGAAUGUUUGUCUAUAGUAAGUCAAAAUAAGUGGAAAUGGUUUUAAACAUCCAUUAUAUAAAUGAGCUUAUAAAUUAGCUUUUCUCUGACUUGGGUAUGAAUAGCUCAAGAAAUAUGUGAAUAAGUUCUUUGACUCUUUAAUUCUUUUUUCUAUUAGGAUAAAAAGUGAACUAAGCAGUCAUUCUGUUUAUUUCUAAUGUCCACUCUUCUGAGGUCAUAUUUGACCUUAAAUAGUCCAGCAAGUAGAUUUUAGUAUAGAGGUAUUAGUUCCAGUGCUUUGUACAGUUAAAUACAUCGGAUUCAGCAGUUUAGUGUGGGUGUGGCAGAGGUUGGGGAGAUUAUAAAGUAACUUCUAUUAAUCAAAAUAUAAUAUAUUUUAGAGAGUAAAAAUAGUUGCUCUGUCACUUGAGUUCAUGAAGACUUAGAUGAUUUUUAAUAAUUAAUAAGUUUUUUCUGCCAAUGAGCAUUAGAUUACUGCUGACUUUUUAGUGUCAUAGUACCUUGUGGUAGUUUCUCUACAGGGUUUAAAGGUGCAUCCUGGGGUCUUUUUCCUGUCCUGCUCAUAGAAAACGAUCUUUACACAUGCUAUAAGGACAAUACCUCUAGAAAUUCAUACAUGUCAUUAAUAUGUUAUAAGGAUCGGUCAGUUCCAUUGUCUUCUUUUGUCAAUCUUGAUCGGAGCUUGCCGAGUUUAAGUCUAUAAGCCUGCAUGUGCCUGGCAACUGUUACCUAGUGACAGUUUCAGCUGCAGUGGCCAUUGGCUGUGCUGUUGAUUGGGGCAGGAGGACCGAGUCACCUUUCUGAUGGUGAGUUCUUCUGCAUCAGCUCAGGGUGAGGAGGAGGAGGAGCAGGGCUUCGGCUCAGGUGCAGGAAGUGAUACUGAGAGAUUGUGAAGAAUAUACUGACAGCAUCUCGGUAACUGCAUCACAGUAAAUUGGACUUCUGAAUCAAGCAGCCCAGCCAAGCAGCUGAUAAGAGUGAAUGUAGGUGAGAAGCAUUGUUUUAUUCCUGUAACAAGAGAACUAUUUUCUGCUAAGUGAGACUAGGAGUGUACAAGGAGGAAUAUCCUGUGGAUAUUAUUAUGAAAGAAGAAAGACUUCCCUGAAUGACCUGGUGGUGCACAAGAAAAUAACUUUGAGAAGAAUGCUUUCUAUUAAGCUCCUGCAUUGUUCCUGAAGGAAAUGUUUUUAUUUCUAAUGCAUGUUAUUUCUUCAAAAGGUAUGAUAACAAAGACUGACAGGAGACUCUCUGAAAUGCCUGUACUUUAAAAAAGACUUUUGACAAAUGCUAACCUGAUAUCAGAAUGACCUUGGAAGCCUUUUGGAUGGAUUCUAUCCUGCCACUCUUUCAGUAUUUCAAACUCUAGGAUUUAAACUCAUCUCGAUGCUUUAGAAGUAUUUUAAAACAAGAACAUCUUAUAACCUACCUAAUGGCCCCUGUACUAAUUGAGCACUUGCUCAAAAUAGAGUACAGAAAUAGAAGAGACAUUUUCUUAACAUAUGGCUGCUAUAGAACUGCAAAUAUAACAGACAAGCUUAUUCCUCUUCCUUCCCCCCCAAAGCUGAGGUGUGUUACUGCUGCACCGAGGCUGAUGAAGAGACUUGAGUACAACUCCCCGGGAUGCUCAGCUGUGACAGAAGCACUGCCACUGUCUGCCGAAGCUGAUGCUGAGACACUCAUGGGCAGAGUUUAGCAGAUGCUAGGCAGGGCACCUGCUCGCUGUAGCUAGGGCUGCAGGUCCUUUUAAUUCCAAGCCAUGAAUGAUUCCAGGUGGACUGAAUGGAGGAUCCUGAACAUGAGCAGUGGCAUUUUGAAUGUGUCUGAACGUCACUCCUGCCCACUUGGAUUUGGCCACUACAGUGCGGUGGACGUAUGCAUCUUCGAGACAGUUGUCAUUGUCUUGCUGACAUUUCUCAUCAUUGCUGGGAAUUUAACGGUCAUCUUUGUUUUUCACUGUGCUCCACUGUUACACCACUAUACGACCAGCUAUUUCAUUCAAACAAUGGCAUAUGCUGAUCUUUUUGUUGGAGUUAGCUGCUUGGUUCCUACUCUCUCACUUCUCCACUACUCCACAGGUAUCCACGAGUCACUGACUUGCCAGGUUUUUGGAUAUAUCAUCUCAGUCCUGAAAAGUGUUUCUAUGGCAUGUCUUGCCUGCAUCAGUGUGGAUCGCUAUCUUGCCAUCACCAAGCCUCUGUCCUACAAUCAACUGGUCACCCCAUGUCGCCUGAGAAUUUGCAUCAUUUUGAUCUGGAUCUACUCUUGCCUAAUUUUCUUGCCUUCCUUUUUUGGCUGGGGGAAACCUGGUUACCACGGUGACAUUUUUGAAUGGUGUGCCACCUCUUGGCUCACCAGUGCCUAUUUUACCGGCUUUAUUGUUUGUUUACUUUAUGCCCCUGCUGCCUUGGUUGUCUGCUUCACUUACUUCCACAUUUUCAAAAUUUGCCGGCAGCACACCAAAGAGAUAAAUGACCGGAGAGCCCGAUUCCCGAGCCAUGAGGCGGCUGCCUCCGGAGAGGCCGGGCAUAGCCCUGAUCGUCGCUACGCCAUGGUUUUGUUUCGGAUAACCAGUGUGUUUUACAUGCUGUGGCUCCCUUACAUCAUCUACUUUCUUCUAGAAAGCUCCCGGGUCUUGGACAAUCCAACACUGUCCUUCCUAACCACCUGGCUGGCUAUAAGUAAUAGUUUUUGUAACUGUGUUAUAUACAGCCUCUCCAACAGUGUUUUCCGGCUAGGCCUCCGAAGACUGUCUGAGACAAUGUGUAUGUCUUGUAUGUGUGUCAAGGAUCAGGAAGCACGAGACCCCAAACCUAGGAAACGGGCUAACUCCUGCUCCAUCUGAAGAAAACGCCACAGUAAAUCACAUGUAAUCUGACAGUAGUUUUGGAUUGUAUUCUUGCUUCAUCUGGAAAUUUGCCACUAGAGAAAUAUUUACUUGAAUAGUUGACUAUGAGAGGAAGGACUAAAAGUUUCUUUUUUUUUUUUUUUCUUUUUCAUGUGAAAAAAAAAAAAAAAAACACCUAAAGAUAUAUAGAGGGUAAUCUCAUGAGAUAAUUGUAGUGUGUGAGUAUAAAUAUGCAGUACUAGGAAAAGUGAAGCUCUGAGGAUGGAAAAGUACCUCAGAUCUUCCACAGGGCAUGAGCGAAGCCCCUGGCAUCUUGUCUGUCUUUCUGACUGGGCUCUCUCCUCUGUCUCUGCCUCUCAUUCUCUCUCUCUCUCUGUCUCUCUCACUCUCUCCUGUGUCUUUGGAAAUUACUUAUAUAAAUUGCCCUUUAUAGAAAAAUGCUACAUAUUAUAUAUGUGGUAAAGUAUAACCUUUUGCAUCAAAGUGUACUUCUAAACUCACUAAUCUGCAAUCCCUAAAAGGUCCCUCCAUGGAGGAUACAUAGCAAGCAUUGUAUUUUAUUACCUGCCACACAACCCUUUUGCUUGUGUUUUUAUACCUGUAGCACAAAUUUCUGCAGUGAAGAAAAAGAAACAGUUUUUUUUUGUUUGUUUCUUCUGGGUAAAUGUAUGCUCCCUCCUCCUUUCUAACAGCCUGCUAUUAUUUUUCUUCCAUUUUUCUUUAUCUGCAUCCUUUGGUACCUUAAGCCAGAAGUGUCUUAGCUAAUGAAAGAAUCUAUUAUAUAAAAGUCAUAAUGUUGAAUGGCUUAUUCCUUCUAAAAAAGUAUUCUAUAUAUUGUUUAAAAUAUUGUGUUAAGUAUUUUUUAAUGGCUUUGGGAAACAUUUUUAUUUGGUUUCUUUUGAAAUAAUACAUGUGCCCAAAGUGGUGUCCUUUUUGGGGGGGCCUAUAGUUAAGCUUUGUUUUUCUUUAAGAUAAUUCACAAUGCAAAUGCAGAGGACUCACUCAGAAGUGGGGUACUGCUCUUAAAGCUACUUGGUGUGUUCCACCUUUUUUUUUUUAAAGAGUAAAGUAUUAACCUUUUUAUGUUAAGUCUGCAGAGCUUACUGUUGUGAUCCACUAAUUAUUUGUAUGAUAAUGCAUUUGCACAUACUAUAUUUUUUACAACAAAGAACAUGUAAAUUACAUUAUGUGAUCUGUGCCUAAUGUCUUCUUAGCACACUAUAUAGAUCAGUGUUGCUUAAAUCGUCAACAUUGGACAAAAAUAUAUAAAAACUUCUUUUAAGAGAAAAAUACUUUUGUUAGUUGUUAAUUAGAUAUUUCUAUUAGACCAAGCUGCAUUCCUAGUGAUGAUGAGAAUAAAGUAUACUUAAUUAUCAAAUACAGGUAAGAACUGUCAAUAUUUUCUUUUGUAAUGAUCUGUUUUCCCAUUCAGAGAUUAAAUUAACUUAUUUUUUUGUGUGCUAUAUGGAGUUGUGUAAUACAUUGUCAGGGGUUUAGAUGUAGCAAAAUGGCAUUUGGGAAAUUAAUGGUGAAGCAGGUGUAAGUGCUAAAACAUCUAAAUCUUACCUUUUUUUUUUUUUUUUUUUUUUUUACCAUAAGUUUCCUGCCAGACAGACAUUUUAAAAUUUAUAUCAAACUACUGAGUAUUCUCAGCAUUUUUGAUUAUUUUAUGAAAUGCAUAUAGUGAAAUGUGCCUAUGACUCUUCAAAUUAGAAGCCAACCAUGUUUGCACAUUGGUGGUUUGACUUAAGAGGUCCUUUAGUAAAAGAAAUGUCAUUGUUUUAUUGAGGUUGUUCUGAACCCAUGUAUAUUUUUAAACAUGUAAGAAAGGUUUAAAAUAAAGAAUAAAACAGUAUUCUACAUAUU